AUGCCGUCUUCUGUUACCCCCGCAUUAAUAGAUUUAAAUAGACCGCCGCAACCAAUAGAUCAAGUGACCGCUGUAAAUACAUUGGCAUCUGUUCAGGCAGUAGUUCAAGCACAGGUUCAGGCACAAGUUCAACAUGAGAUGCGAGCCAUGUUUUCAAAUAUAAUGGUGGAUACUCAUCAACCUCAAGACCAACCAAAACAAUCACCUUCGAUAAUUGAACAAAUGAUUAUAGACAAUGAUCCGGUACAGACUCGUCGUGAGGCGAUCGUUCAAGCUGAUGCUCAGGUUCAGGCUCAAGUACACGCCGCGGCUGCUGCUGCGGCGGUCGCUCAACAAGCUCUAGUGGCUCAAGUGGUCGCUGAGGUGUCUCAAUCCCAAGUCCAAUCAGCUCGGCCAACAGUUCAAACGAUAGAUACUUCUCAAAUUCAACAAGCUGUUGAAUCUCAACCUUUGUCCGCUACCGCUGACCCUGAUCAAUCAUCGAUGGUUUUGGUUCUCGAUAACCCCGCCGUUUCAAGUGAUCAAAGUACCGCAACUGCUGUGCAAUCCGUUGUCAGUAACGAUCCUAUGCAACUUGUGGAAUCUUUGGCUAACGCUCAGAUCGUUGGGUCGAUGACGAAUGCCCAAUUAGCUGAGCACAAUAGGCGGUUAUGUUUUGAAAUCGUGAAUAAUAACCAGUUAGCCGCUAAUUUACAGGCUUCUGCCGUUAGCGCGUCAAUCAUGCAAACGACUCAAAUCGAUUCUUCCAUUCUGCCGGCUUCCACCGAAUCUCAACCACCAAUGACUAAUUUAUUGAACCCAGAUCCAAUUAUUCCGUCAGUUACCUCUAAUUGGAAUAUUGAACCUAAUGGUGCUACAAAUGUCGUAGUUCCAAAUCCUUCAAUACAAAUGAUUAAUGUAGAUGAUGAGCAAAUUGUAAAUGAUUCAGUAGUAGUAGAUUCUAAUUUUCUAAAUAACGAUCAUAAGACAUCGCCGCCGCCACCACAAUUGACCUUUGUGAAUGAAAAUCCACUAUUGGAGCAGUCAUCACAAAAAUCGAAUGAAGAUACAACAGAGAUGACUCCAUCAUCACCUGAAAUUCCUUCGCAACAACAAUCUCAACGACCGUCCGAUUCAUUAACUUCAGAGACAAAAAGUUCAGAGUCCAGUGAGGUUUCCGUAAAAUCGCCACAACAAGAUUUAGGAAGUUUAGUUGACAAUGCAUCAUCAUCACAUAAUGGAUCUUUACCAUCACCACAGAAAGAUUCCGGUAAAUCGGAUCCAAUCAAUUCCCCCGAGUCAAUUUAUGCAACAUCUCAGAAUAGUGAUACUUUAAAAGAUCAUGAUAAUCAAAUUAGGAGAAAUUCGUCCAAUACUUUAUCGAAUUCACCUAUUUCAAUUUCACGACAAAUUAUCAAUGAAGAUUUAGAUUCGAUUAAAAUUGAACCAUCACAAUCCGUUGAAUCUUGUGUUCCAUUAAAUGAGUCAUCUACUACUUUUGAAGAAAUGUCAUUUGAGCAACUUUUGAUUCGAUUAGCACAGUAUGAACAUCCUAAUAUGACGAAAAAUCAGUUAAUUGCAAAAUUAAGGUAUCAUGAAAAAAAUCUAAAGGAUCAUACAUCUGAUUCAAGAGGCCACAAACGAGCGCGUUCUUCUAGUUCAAGGAGAUCGAGUCUGGAUUCUGAUGUUUCACCCAUUACUCUUGUGGAUGAAAUGGAAGACGUAAAAAGAGAAGCUAAUCAGUCUGAACCUGGAGUGGCUGGUUAUUCCACUCAAAGUUCUCCGUCGAUCCCUUCCGCCGUCAAACAAGAAGGUGAGGAGGAUAAAAAGAAUACACAUAAAUGCAUGUGGAGGGGAUGUACAAAAGUACUUGUUUCAUUGGAUUUGCUUAUCUCACAUGUUGGUGAUUCACAUAUCGGCAGUGGAAAAGCCACGUAUUCUUGUGAUUGGGAGGGAUGUACGAGAGGUCAAAAACCGUUCACAAAACGGCACAAAAUGUAUAAUCAUUUACGAACACAUACGGGAGAAAGACCAUUUAUUUGCUCUGUAAAUGGUUGCGGAAAGAGAUUUUCAAGACCUGAUUCCUUGACGACACACGUAAAAACACAUUCCAAUCAUCGUCCGUAUAUAUGUUCCUUUAAAGGAUGUAAUAAGGCAUAUUAUCAUUCACGUUCUCUUCGUAAACACGAAAAGACACAUGAUACUAGAUUGUCUCAUACACAUCCUUUACCACCAGUUCAUCCUUCCAUAAUUGAUUCGAGUGGUCAGCAUGACAUUAGAUCAGUUCCACCGCCUCCUCAUCCGCAUCAACUUCCACCGGUACAUCAAUUACAUCCUCCAUCACCUGGCUUUCGUUUAUUAUCUCAACCAUCACCUAACACUUUAAGUUAUCAUUAUCAUCCGCUCCAACCACCACCGAUGAAUCAUCGUCCUGAGCUAAUUCAUCAUCCUAGAAUUAAUCCUUCUGAGGCUACACAAACACCUUUAUCAUCAGUUAGUUCACCCUCGACUCACUUUUUUGCUCAUACGACGACUCAUUCAUUCUCACAGCCUCCCUCAUCUACUAACUUAUCAUCACGCCCAAAUAAUAAUAACAAUAAACCUGCAAAUAAUAAUUAG